AUGAACACAACCACACUACCCUCAAUGAUCCUGGAGCGAAGACAAUCACGGAACAGACAAUCCACCAAUAAUAUCUGCCAUGUUUGUCGGCGAAACAUGCAACCCGAAGUCAUUGAAAUCUCCGAUGAUGAUGAUUCCCUGCUGGCCAGUGACUCCGAAGACCCCGUCAUCAUCCUCGACGAGCCAUCCACAGAUCUGUCUGAGGUUUCCAAUUGGAACAACAACUCAUGUUUCAGCGAUGAUUCACUGAUGCUUACUCUGGUCGACAUGACCGACUUGCCCACGCCGCCGCACUCAGAUCCUCAAGCGAUACCGAUUGAACCCCCUCUGUCACCUAUAAGAGGACCAGACUCAACCAAUGAUGAAAGUGAUGACGACGAACGAGCAAGCCAAUCUUCCGCCAAUGGUAAUAGUUCUCAAUCGAAACGGCCAUCGACUGAUGAUAACCCUCGUCCGGCGAAACGACGGGGCAUUGGAAGUCGGCCCUCACCCUGGCAUGGCAAAGAUACCAAAGGCCUGACACCAGUCGAUGAAGCCCCUGCCAAUCCAGCUGACUCCGAACCAGUCUUUUGGAACGUCUACAGACAUCAGGAGACUGGGGCGCUUAUAUGUGGCGAAUGCGAUAAGCACAAGCCCAUGGUAGUGCUACCGAACCAGUGGAGGAACCAUCUCACUCGUCACCAUCCAGACAUGGACCAAAAUACAAAGCGUAAGCUUGGUGAAAUGUUGAGAACCUACAACGUCAAGGAGUUACCCACCAACAUCGACACCCAGCUUCCGAUGAUCCCCGUGGAGGCAAGGCGAUACUGCUUCCACUGCGGUGGGGUAUUCGAAAACCUAAGAGACCACACACCACAUGACGAGUGCUUCACGGGAUUUAAUGAGCUGGUGUGGUGUCAGUUCUACCAUCAAAACAAGGGCGUCAUCAUUGGACCCACUCCACGGCAGCCUACAGAAGCACAGUUAAGAAGGAUGGCUAGGGAAUUUUUGCCGCCUGCGAAAGUAUAUACCCGUGCCGAGUUGGAAGAUUCGCGGCGACGCCAAAUGGCAGAAUCAAUUACAUUUUAUCGACCCCAUCCCUGGGAAAUUUGUCUCUGGUGGGACGAUUAA